CAUCUGUUGCUGUGUGCUCCCCCUUCACCCGUCCUCCCCCUCCCUGCUCUUCAUUCGGUAUGUAUACUCUCGCGUACUAGCUUCUCUGUAGCUCCACGGUUGCUGUUCUCGUGAGUCCUUCUCUCAUCUUCACGUCUGUAGUCACGCCCGCUUCGGCUUGCUUCGUUGCUUUUCGUCGCUCCCAGGUGCGGUUUGCGAGGCGGUUUUGCAAAGGAUUUUGUUGUUGGAUGCCAGGAUUUGGAUUGUGAGGCCGGAGACCUUUUUUUUCAGUUAUAUUAUUAGUAGUAUUAUCAUUUUAAAGAUAUUGCGAGAGUUUGUGAGAAUCUGCGUUGCGGUGGAUUUGUAGUGGUGGUGUUGGGAGUGUUGAGGAACGAUAGAUCGGCUUAAGUGAAGAGGUUGACGAGACGCGGUGGUGGUGUGGAGAGUGAGAAGAGAGAGAGAGAGAGAGAGAGAGAGAGAGAGAGUUGGCGUGAGAGGGAAGAAGGAGGAGGUGCUGUAUGUCUGAUAGCGGAGCAGGAGUGGGGAAGGACAAGGUAGGAGGAGCAGCGCUCUCUAAACCCUGUCAAUGGCCCCACGUGAGAGCGCGCAGACGCUUUGCUGCCACUCGCCCGCCUCUUCUGAUAUGGAUACGUCCCCUGAAUCAACCGGGAGUGGAGCAGGAACAGUGGGAAAAACUUCAGAGACGAGGAGCAGCGGAGGGAACCCGGGCUCACUGGAGCCUGCGCCUGCAUCUGGAGAGGUAGACAUGCUCGGGGACAAUUGCGCGCAUCUCGAUCAUCAGCCGGAGCCUUACCUGCCCAGCACCAAGGGCAGUGCCACGUUUGGAUCGCUGGAUUCUGCGUCGGCCGUCGCCGGCACUGUUAAAGGACCUGGAGUACUAGUUCUUCGCUCGCAGUCAGCGCACCCCUUGGAUCCGCUGACUCCGACGGAGAUUGCCGUAGCCAUAGCCACAGUCAGGGCGGCAGGUGCCACACCAGAAGUCCGCGAUGGAAUGCGUUUUGUGGAGGUUGUUCUGAACGAGCCGGACAAGAACGUCGUCGCUUUGGCCGAUGCUUACUUCUUCCCUCCCUAUCAGCCGACGCUGUACCGUCCAAAAGCCAAAGGAGGUGCUAUGUACCCUUUGCAACUGCCUCCUCGGCAAGCCAGAUUGGUUGUGUACAACAAGAGGACCAAUCAGACCAGUAUCUGGAUGGUAGAGCUCAGCGAAGUGCACGCAACCGCACGCGGUGGUCAUCACCGCGGUAAGGUGCUGACGUCGGAAGUGGUGCCGGAUGUCCAACCACCCAUGGAUGCCAUGGAAUAUGCGGAAUGCGAGGCUGUAGUAAAGGAGUAUCCCCCCUUUGUGGAAGCUAUGAAGAAGCGCGGCAUCGAAGAUAUGGACCUUGUCAUGGUGGACCCCUGGUGUGUUGGUUAUUACGGAGAGGAAGACUCUCCAAGUCGUCGACUCGGCAGGCCAUUAAUCUUUUGUCGAACCGAGAGUGAUUGUCCACUGGAGAACGGCUACGCGCGGCCUGUAGAGGGAAUCCAUGUGUUGGUAGACAUGCGGCAGAUGCAGGUCAUUGAGUUUGAAGACCGUAAUUUUGUGCCACUGCCACCCCCGGAUCCCUUGCGCAACUACACUCCAGCUGCUACUCGCGGUGGAGUUGAUCGAACUGAUAUUAAGCCCUUACUUAUCACGCAGCCGGAAGGACCCAGCUUUCGAGUUAAUGGUCACGCAGUGGAGUGGCAGAAGUGGAAUUUUCGUGUGGGUUUUACACCUCGAGAAGGAUUGGUCAUUCACACAGUUGCCUACUGCGAUGGCAGUCGCGGCAGGCGCUCUGUGGCACAUCGCUUGAGUUUCGUAGAAAUGGUUGUGCCCUAUGGAGACCCACAUGACCCACAUUACCGAAAGAAUGCUUUUGACGCCGGAGAAGAUGGACUUGGCAGGAACGCCCACUCUCUGAAGCGGGGUUGUGAUUGUCUUGGCCACAUAAAGUACUUCGACGCUCACUUCACGAAUUUUCUGGGAGGUGUGGAGACAAUAGAGAAUUGUGUGUGUAUGCAUGAGGAGGACCAUGGCAUACUAUGGAAACAUCAAGACUGGCGAACAGGAAUGACAGAAGUGCGGCGGUCGCGUAGACUCACGGUGUCUUUCUUUUGUACUGUAGCCAAUUACGAGUACGGUUUCUUCUGGCACUUUUAUCAGGAUGGGCACAUUGAGGCUGAGGUCAAGCUCACAGGGAUCUUGAGUUUAGGGGCGUUGAAGGCCGAUGAAAAUCGCAGACAAGGCACUGUAAUUGCGCCUGGGUUAUAUGCCCCUGUACACCAACACUUCUUCGUGGCGCGUCUGGACAUGGCAGUGGAUUGUAAUCCUGGCGAAGGAUUGAACCAGGUCGUGGAGGUAAACAUGAAGGUUGAAGAGCCUGGACCUGAGAAUCCACAUAAUAAUGCCUUCUAUGCUGAAGAGACGCUUCUGCGCUCAGAGCUGCAGGCACAGCGUGAUUGUAAUGCACUGUCUCAUCGCCAUUGGAUUGUACGAAAUACUAGGACAUUCAAUCGAACAGGCCAGUUAACAGGAUACAAGCUCAUGCCAGGCCGGAAUUGUCUGCCUCUAGCUGGCCCUGAUGCGAAGUUUUUGAGACGUGCUGCUUUUCUGAACCAUAAUCUUUGGGUCACGGAGUACAAACAUGAUGAAUGUUUUCCAGGUGGGGAGUUCCCAAAUCAAAACCCUCGAAUAGGGGAAGGGCUUCCGACUUGGGUGAAGCAGGAUCGUAAGCUGGAGGAAACCGAUAUUGUACUCUGGUAUGUCUUUGGUGUGACUCAUGUGCCUCGACUUGAGGAUUGGCCUGUAAUGCCUGUGGAGCACGUUGGUUUCAACCUUCUGCCUCAUGGGUUUUUCAACUGUUCCCCAGCCGUUGAUGUGCCACCUAGUGAGGCAGCUGUUGAGGGAGUUGUCAUCAAGGAAGCGCCUGCCAAAGGAGUAGAACCUACAGAUUCUAUGCAACCGACGCUGCUGUCUAAGUUAUAGAAGCAGGAACCAUGUACUAUGGGGUUCUCGCCGUUAAGCUAACACCCACGUAGAUAGUUCUGGACGCAUUGGCCUCUCAAUAUUUGAAUGGUGCAUGGUCACUUAGACCGCUUGCUUCUGAGAUGAGUCUGCAAAUUGUGACUUGCUAGGAAGGCAAAUUGUUUAGAUGCCAUAAUACUGCCCUAGAUUGACUACAUUUAGACUUGCACUAGUGGGGUCACCUCAUCAAUGGCAGAAUUGCAGCUUGUUUCCAAUGCAACGGUUCUUGCAUGUAUCUGUACAAAGUGAGACACAAGAAGUGAGUAAAACGGUGUACCCGUCUCUUUUGCUGCAAAAUA